UCAGUACUUGCAAAAUCUAGGUGGUGCUGGUCCACGAAACCAAGAGUGUGUGUCACUGUUUGCUUCUAAUCAUCUAAAGUUAUAAAUAAUUUUAACCUCGAUUUACUUCUUUCUUUUCGGUGCAUACAUUGUCUCGGAGGUGUUGUAUAGUGUGGUUGACACGUGGAAGAAGUGGAAAAGUUUUAACGGUGUAACUUUCACAUAAAAAAUUUGUAAUGAAUUCUGCUGCCUCAGCUGCGCUUCGAGCGGCAAAAGAAGCUAUACGAGCCGAAGUUAAAAAGAAACUUAAGGUCAUGUCGAAGGACGAAAAAUUUUGCCAAUCAAAGCUAAUUACUGACAAGUUGAUCAACUAUGAUCGUUUCAAGAAUAGCCAUCGAAUUUCCAUCUACUUAAACACAGAUCAUGAGGUACAAACAAAUGGAAUCUUGGAAUAUAUUUUUAAAAUGGGAAAAGAGUGUUUUAUACCUAAAUAUGAUUCAAACAGCCAACACAUGGAUAUGGUGAAACUCCACUCUUUAGAAGACUUGUCCAAACUACCUCUGACAAAGUGGAAUAUCAGACAGCCAGCUGAUGAUGAUCACCGAGAAGAAGCUCUUGCUACUGGUGGGCUUGACCUGAUUGUGGUUCCUGGAUUGGCUUUUGAUAAACGAGGCGGUCGCAUUGGACGUGGUGGUGGUUACUAUGAUACUUACCUAAAUCGUUGCCUACAUGACCCUCAUGGUCGACCCUACACGAUUGGCUUGGCUUUUGCUGAACAACUUCUACACAGUGUGCCAAUGGAUGUGCAUGAUGUCAUUAUGGAUGAAGUAUUUUAUCCCGAUGAAAAAUAGCUGACCUUCCUUCUUUGUAACUUGUUAACAGUGUUAUUAAACACUCCAGCAUGAUUUGUUACCAGAGCUAUUGAUUGUUUUUUUCAAAUUAAUACAAUAACUCAUUUGCAUGAAAUGUAUCCACUGCAUGUUAUUAAGCAGGAUCAUUUUUAGGUUAUAUUGUUUUAUUCUUUACAUUUUAGUUUCAUAUUUUUUAUUUACUGAUUAUUGCAACCUGCCUGUAUUUAGUCUUCUUGGAUAUGAUGCAUAUGGACACCACAUUGAAAAAGUCUGCAUAAAUUAAAUAGCACUGCAGUUAAGGGUACCCAACAGAUGACCUAGGGCACAGUGGCCACAUAAGCUUUUCUAUUUUGCCCGUUACUUGCAAUUAAAAGUAUGUAUUAUUAGUUGGAAAUUUUUCAGAACCUCUUCCGGGAGAAAUUAUUACAUAAUUGGUAUAAAACAUCUAAAUUUUGUAUGUUUGUUUCAGAACUGAAACUACUUCUGAGUAUUGACAGUCACAUCGAUUAAAUAUCCCUGAAGUCUUUGCCUUAAAGUGAUGUAGAAUUAUUUUACAUUCAAAACUUAAGGUGCUGUAUUUAGAAUGUUUAAAAUUACAAAAAGCUGGAAAAUUAUUUUAAUGUUUGUAUCAGUAGGAUUCCCAUAAGUUCCCUAAUGUUUAGGACGGGGUUGUGAACCUUGUUACUGCUACUGUACUUGCCAAGAUUUGUCCUGCAAGGGAAUUGCAUCUUGUGUAAUAUUCUUAAAAUCUCUUGUACAUCUUCCUAGUAAUUACAGGACUAGAAUUAAUUGUUCCACUUUUGUAUUAAUAAUGUUCUAACUAUUUAUAAAAUAUUUUUAUAUAUGAACUCAGUGACUGCAUUUUUAUAUACUCUACUGGGAAUUAAACCUUGCACAAUUCAUGUUGUAAAAUUUGAUUAAUAUUGAAUACAGAAACAUAUAUCAACUAUUUUGAAAUAAUUCAGAGCUUAUUGUCUUUGUUAAUGUUAUAUUUUCCAUUUAAGUAUUUGUCACAGUAUGUAUUGAAAUUGUUUUUCUAUUUGGCAUUAAUAAACUAUGGCACAUAUUGAUGUAUAGUUUUGUUUUAGAAAUAAAACAUAGUGAUCAGAUAAUCAUAUACUUUACCACGUCAAAGUGAGAGAGUAGAAAUUAAUUUCUUCCUAGUAUCUUUUAUAAGGUAAUCAUGUCCUUAUAUUAGAAAUUUUGAAGGCUCUGGUUUUACUUUUGGAACUUGAGUAUAUAUUGAAAUCUGAUAAACCUGUUAGUUUCUGGAGAUUCAAAAAUACUAAGCUGUAUAAUGUUUUGUUUAGGUUUGUAUUAUUUCUGCUUUGUACCAUAGAUUUAUGCCAAACUAUGCCAGUUCCUGUAAGGACUGGUAAAUGAGGCAAAUAAACUUGUUGUUAGUCAGUA